AUGUCAAUACCAGGAUUAUCUAGUAUUCCUGGCCUUGGGCAAGCUCCCGCCACUGCUACCUUUGCGCCAACCUUUGUGACUUCAGCAACUGUUGUCCACGAGUUACAAGCUAACUCGGAAUGGCGCUUCGAAGUUGCCUUUGGGACUAGCAUUGAGGUCAAGCUCCUCUCAGGAACCGCUGAAAUCUUUGGCACAGAACUCGCCGAGAAGCACACAUACACAUUCCGCGGAACGAAAGCUGCCAUUUUCACAUGGCAUGGCUGUCGAAUCGAAGUCUCGGGGCCGUGCGAAGAGUAUGUAGCGGAAGACACACCUAUGAUUCCAUAUGUGAACACACACUUCGCUUUAGAAAGGCUGAGAGACGAAGCCAAGGAAAAGGGAGCGGAGGGACCAAAGGUUCUUGUUGUGGGACCAAACAAUGCGGGGAAAACAAGCUUGAUUAAGAUGCUAGCGGCUUAUGCUAUCAAAAUGGGGAGACAGCCUAUGGUUAUCAACACGGACUCAAGAGAAGGGAUGUUGUCGGUACCAGGGAGUUUGACGGCAACGCCAUUUUCCUCCAUCAUCGAUGUAGAGCAGGGAUGGGGGAGCAGUCCAACGAGUGGGCCCAGCCCAGUGCCAGUAAAGUUACCAUUAUGUUACUACUAUGGGUUACCUAGUCCCGAAGAUAAUACAAGCAUGUUCAAGCAAGUCUUGACUCGGUUGGCGUUAGCAGCAGCAAGUAGACUUACGGCUGACCCAGCAGUAAAAGAGACAGGCAUGAUUAUCGAUACUCCAGGUGCCAUGGCCCAAGGCAAGGAAGGUUAUGAUUUGAUUUCACAUAUAGUUAGAGAAUUCUCAGUAAACGUAAUCAUCAUCAUCGGCUCAGAACGUCUCUACAGUGAAAUGAACCGUCGCUUCGCUUCAGGAACCACCAAUACCCUCCCUAUAACCGUAGUAAAACUAGACAAAUCAGGCGGUUGCGUCGACAGAGAUGAGACUUACCUCCGCCAUUGUCAAGAAGCAGCGAUCAAAGAAUACUUCUUUGGCGACCCCAGAAGAACUUUAAGUCCACACACCCAAAAUGUAUCUUUCGACGAAGCAACCAUCUACCGCAUCCGCGAACCAAACAAAACCGACACCUCCUUCCUCCCCGGCGGCGAAGCAGACGCCAUCUUCAGCACCUCCCAGAUCUACGAUAAAUCCGACCCUUCGCCAGAAAUGCUGCAUUGCGUCUUUGCCAUUAUGCACGCCACGCUACGAGACUCCCAGGAGACGAUUCGAGACGCCAGCGUGAUGGGUUUCGUGUAUGUGGCAGGCGUGGACGAGAAGAAACGCGUGAUUAAGGUUUUGGCGCCGCUUAAUACGAGGAUUUCGGAUCGGCCGAUGGUGUGGGGGAGUUGGCCGGAGAUGAGUGGGAGUUUGAUUUAG